AUGUAUAAAGAGAUCAUCCCAGGACUGGGAGUCAGGAGGCUCCGAAAGCAUCGUGCCGAAACUCUCUGGAAACUUGGAAUCGGGAUUCAAGGCCGCUUUGGACUUUGUCUUACAGACUCCUUUUUUUGCAAAACAGAGGGAUUUUUCGUGUUUUUCGUCGCAGAAGAAUUUAAAGGGAAGAUCAUGCAGAUACCGCCCGCGCAUCGCUUUUUGGCUGUGUAUCUCACGCUGUUUGGAUACCUUGGGGAGGUCUACACCGGGACAGUUCUGGUGAACUCAAAUGCAAUCAAAAACUUGCCCGGUGUCACGGGAAGCAAAGGCGUCGACUCUGUCAGUCCAAGUCCACGAACCUCUCCCUCCGGUGGCACGGGGCACAAAUCACCAGCAGACACCUUGCAGCAGUCAGGUGUUUGCACGGAUGAUGAAGACUGUGGAGGUGAUGAAUUCUGCAACGACGCCCGAGGCGUCUGCCUGCCCUGUCGUAAGAGCCGGAAGCGUUGCGCACGGGACGCAAUGUGUUGUGCAGGAAACCGCUGCAGCAAUGGUGUUUGCCAGGCAAAUGACAUGGAUGGUACAGAUGCAUCCAUCACCACUGGCUGGCACAAAAACAACAGCUCCAUGGAGCAUCAUGCCAAGAAACCUCCCACUGCCCAGAGCAAUCAGCCUCCUGCUGUUAAAGGCCAGGAGGGGGAUACUUGCCUGAGAUCUGCAGACUGCUCCGAGGGUCUGUGCUGUGCCAGACACUUCUGGUCUCGCAUCUGUAAGCCUGUGCUGACUGAGGGCCAGGUGUGUACGCGCCACCGCAGGAAAGGCACCCACGGUUUGGAGCUGUUCCAGCGCUGCGACUGUGGCGAUGGUUUGGCCUGCCGACCGGAGAAAGGGGAGCAAGAUCACAGUGUCAGCAGGACUGCAGCCCGGAACCUACACACCUGUCAGAGACGCUGACAAAAAAGUGUGGACACACAUAGACACACACACACACACAGAGAGAGCAAACCCAUAAAUCAGUCACAGACACUUCAGCCUUGCAUACACCAGAGAUGCUGACACACACACACAGACACACACAGAGACACCUAACACCUAAGACAUCCUUUCCUGCCAAAGUUGCUGACACAAACAGCACCCGGAAGGAUAGACAAGAUUCCUGGAAAAGUGAUACACCCAGAGGGAUGCAACAGUGCAAGAUGGACUGAUCCAAUUCCCCAUCAACAGAUGAGGAGUUGAAACUUAGGAAGUGACAUUUCAGAAGUCUUGGGAAGAUCAAUUCAUGUCGUCGGUAAUGGCAGAGCUGUUUUGUUUCUCUUUUUAUGGAACUUCGAGCCUCAGUUAUUGCAGUAAAUUACUGUAUUGUAAAUAUUAUCCUGAAGGUGGCACUUAAAUGAGCUAUGGAAUCCUGUCAACACCAGUAUUAUAAAGACAUGGUGCUGCAUGCAUUGUAAAUUUGCUAUUCUUAGAGCUAUAUCUGAAGCAUCUGGUCUUGCUUUAAAUUCUUAGGGAUGUCUCGGAUGACAGGUGAAACAUCUCCAAGAAACUUGAGCAAGUCCACUUGUUGAUGAUGUAGCACUUAGAAUUACCACGACCUGGAUGACCGAGAAUCUUCACCAACAACAUUGUAAAUUUGUUAUAUAUAGUAUUUUAUUAAAAAAUGUUA